GAUAAGAAUUAGUUGUCUCAGUUUCUUGUGGAUAUAACCAUCCUCAGGGAAACGCCAUUUUUUUAUAGUGUGGAUAAGGCUGCAUAUGUCCUGCUGUCUGCGAAAGUAGUCAUUACUUAUAACUUUUGAAAGAAGACACGCAAUUGCUUUACGAUGCGCUAGAUUCCGAGUUGAGAGGUCCAAGUUCGAGACCAGGCCGGGUGAGUGUGUUUGUUCUUAAGCAAAACACUACACUUUAACAGUUACUCUCUCCGCCCAGAGCGAAUUAUUAUGGAAGCCUGAUGAGAUGAUAGGGGUAACCUUGCAAUGGACUGGGAUCCCAUCCAGGGGGAGCAGUAAUACUCUUAGGCGCUUCAUCCUAUGGAAACUGGGAUAGGCUUUGGCUGGAUGGUUCACUUGGCUCGAGUACAGGCUUUACCCUAUAGCUUUUUAGUGCGUUUGCUCACUUUGGUAUAUCUUACACAGGUCGUUGCUCAUUCGUUUAGUAAUCCUCGGCAGCAUCGAAAGUCACGAUUUUCUCUCACUCAGAGUCAAAGCAUGGAAUCUAUUCCUCGUCUGUUUAUGAUAUGGCAAAACAAUUUCGAUAAAAUUUGUUAAAGAUUUACAUUUUAAACCGUGUACUGUCGCUGUAUCGUAAAGCACUGCUCACGGAUUGAAGCGUAAAGAAUAAAUAUCUCUUUCUGACAGAGUUCCUUCCGUACUGUAAAUUACAUAUCUACUUUUUGUCCGCUCGGAUUUAAAAGUCCAGCUGACACCUCUUUUUUCUCGAAAAUUUCAGAUAUGGCGGAAGCUGAAAGCUUAAAUUUUGACGAUGAAACCUCGAUAGCUAUAGCGAAGGUGUAUCUGAUGGAGGGUGACGACGAGUACAGAAAUAAACAGCCUCAUAACGCGAUACACUUUUACUCUGAGGGCCUCCAAGUAAACUGUAGGGAUGAUCAACUGAAUGCCGAACUUUACAGCAAAAGGGCAGAAGCAAGUUUCUACUUAGGUUAUUACCAAGAAACCCUGGAUGAUGCAUCAGUUGCUGUUGCGUUGGAUCCAACUUUGAUUAAAGCCAUAGAAUUAGGAGCCAGUGCUUAUGUGCAGCUUCAAUUACAAGCAGAGGCCAUUCAGUGGUGUCAGAAAGGACUGUCAAUUGUAAAGUGCAAUGACGUCUUGGAAAACUUAUGGAGACUAUGUACUGGAGAGGCACACGCAGUUCAAGAGACAUUGGAGACAUGGAAGAAAGAGGACGAACUGACAAUAAAUCCCGAGAAAUCCCAGGGCCUACAAAGAGAAUCAUACCGAGCUGAACCAAUUGCAAAAGCACUCCAAGAAUUAAAAGUUGCUAACGAAGAAGAAAAAGAAGGUGAUGUGGGGAAUGCAAAUGAAAGUCUUUGGAAUAAUCCUAACCAAUCAGGAAAUUUGAAGAAGGCUAUCGAGUAUAAUGAACGUCGUCUGAAGACUGCUAAGAAAAUGCAAGACAAAAUUGGGGAAGGAAUGGCUUAUGAAAGUCUGGCCAAUCUCUUCCAUUGUUCAGGAGAUUUUAGGCGGGCCGUCGAGUACCAAAAGCUUCAUUUAAAAAUUUCCAAAGAAAUAGGAGAGAAAUCACUUGAGGGAAGGGUUUAUGGAAAUCUUGGAAUUUCCUACCGUGCGUUUGGCGAUUUCAAGAAGGCCAUCGAGUGCUAUGAGUGUAGUCUUAAGAUUGCUAAGGAAGUGGGAAACAAAGUUGGAGAGGGAGCAGCUUGUGGAAAUCUCGGCUUGGCGUAUCGUGCGUUGGGAGAUUUCAAGAAGGCCAUCUAUUACCAUGAAUGCCAUCUAAGAAUUGCCAAAGAAGUGGGAGACAAAGUUGGAGAGGGAGGAGUGUAUAGUAAUCUGGGAAACGUCUUUCGUGGAUUAGGAUAUCUUACGAAGGCCAUCGCUUACCAUGAAUGUCAUCUAAAAAUUGCUAAAGAAGUAGGAGACAAAGCUGGAGAGGGAAUAGCCUAUGGAAAUCUCGGCUCAGAUUUUCGUGCAUUGGCAGAUUUUAAGAGGGCCAUCGAAUAUCAUGAAUGCCAUCUACGACUUUCCAAAGAACUGAGGGACAAAGCUGGCGAGGGAAGGGCUUAUGGAAAUCUUGGCAAUACCUAUCACAGCUUAGGAGACUUCAAAAGGGCUAUUGAAUACCACGAGCGCGAUUUAAGAAUUGCCAGAGAAGUGGGAGACAAAGCUGGAGAGGGAAGGGCUUUUGGAAAUCUUGGCAUCGCUUUUCAUAGUUUGGGAGAUCUCAAGAAGGCCAUCGAGUGCUAUAAGUGGGAUUUGGAAAUUGCUAAAGAAGUAGGAGACAAAGCUGGAGAGGAAGCGGCUUGUGGAAACCUUGGAAAUGCAUAUGAUCAAUUAGGAGAUUUCAAAACGUCUAUCGAGUACGGGAAACGUCUCCUAAACUUUGCCGAAGAGCUGGGACAAAAAUCUGUUCAAGCGGCAGCUUAUGGAAAUCUGGGCUCGACCUAUGACAAAUUAGGAGAUAUUAGUAAGUCCAUCGAGUGCCAAAAGUGUCUUUUACAAAUUGCCAAAGAAAUAGGAGACAGAAAUUUAGAGGGAGGGGCUUAUGGAAAUCUCGGAAACACCUACUAUAAAUCAGGAGACUUUAAGGAAGCCAUUGAAUAUUAUGAACUUCGUCAAAAAGUUGCUAAAGAAGUAGGAGACAAAGCUGUAGUUUCCGUUUCAUUUUAUCAACUCGGUCAGAGCUUUGAAGGUCAGGGAUCGUCAACGAAUGCUCUUGAAUGCUAUCGUUCCAGUGUGAUGAUGUUUAAUGAAAUCAGAGCUGCUCUCGAGUUUAAAGACGAGUGGAAGAUUAACUAUCGCGAUACAUAUAGUCAUGCGUACAAUAAUUUGUGGCGUCUGCAUUUAAACCGUGGUGAAGUAAUUGAUGCUUUGUUUUAUGCCGAGGAAGGACGGGCCCAAGCUUUAAAGGAUCUCAUGGAGGAUAAGUACGGGCUUAAGGAAGCAAACUCUCAGUCUCAUUCUUUCGAAAGGUCAGCUAACUUCUCCCUUACAUCUAUUCCAUCGACAACAGUUUUUGUAGCGUUUAGUGAGAAGGAAAUCUUCUUCUGGGUUAUAAACAGCGAUUACGAGGUCGAAUUGAGAAAAAAAGGAAUAGAAGACCAUUCAUUAGAACAGAAUGUGCGAACAUUUAUCACCUCUUUAAACCACAAUCUUCUUAAGGAGAUAACUGUACGAGAUGGCAUUAAAUGCGAAAAUCGCUCGCUUGACGAGCCUUAUGAUGUGACAUUGACGACUGAGAGAGCCCCUGUCAGUGUUUCUCACUCUACUCCACCCGGAGAAAGCUUAAAGAAGAUGAGUGACAUUAUCAUUGCUCCUAUAGCUGAUCUGUUUCAUGGAGAUGACCUCAUACUCGUUCCUGAAGGUCCAUUUUGUUUGGUACCCUAUGUAGCAUUGGUGAACCCAACCCUGAAAUAUCUGUCUGAGCUUUAUAAGAUCCGUAUGAUGCCAUCUCUGAGCACUUUGAAAUUGGUCACUAAUUGUCCAACAGAGUCCCACAAUAAAACCGGCGCACUACUGGUUGGAGAUCCGUGCUUAGAGGAAGUUCUUUAUGAUGGAAAAAGAUUGUGUGAGCUCCCAUUUGCGAAGAAAGAAGUAGAGAUGAUUGGAAGAAUUCUCUGCACGGCCCCCCUCAUCGGGAAAAAGGCUACUAAAGGUGAAGUUUUGAAAGGACUCUCGACGGUGGCCUUGAUACAUAUCGCAGCACAUGGCAGCAUGGAAACGGGAGAAAUUGCCUUGGCACCAAACCCUAUUCGAGAAUCCCAUCGUCCCAGAGAGAAAGACUUUCUACUGACAAUGGCGGAUGUUUUACAGGCUCAGCUGCGGGCAAGAUUGGUUGUGUUGAGUUGUUGUCAUAGCGCUCGUGGAGAAAUAAAGGCUGAGGGGGUAGUUGGCAUCGCUCGAGCAUUUUUAGGUGCCGGGGCUCGUUCCGUUUUGGUGUCCCUGUGGGCGAUUGAUGACGAGGCCACUUUCCAGUUCAUGAAACAUUUCUAUAAAGAACUAGUUAGAGGAAGAAGGGUCUGUGAAGCUCUGGACCAAGCCAUGAAAUGUAUGAGAGAGUCUGGAGAUUUCAGGGAAAUGAAACAUUGGGCACCAUUUGCUCUCAUUGGGGAUGAUGUCACUCUUGAGCUGAAUGGAGCCAAUGCAAUCUAGUUGCUGCUCAAUAUGGUUGCUGAACAAAUAAGGUGGAUUCAAAGUAGAAUUAUCGUUGUUCUUUAACCUAGACUAAUACUGGAAUGGACCUUGUUGUGAUAAAUCUAUGUAAUGCGAUGGAAAGUGUUGUUUCACCUUUGAAAUAGUUAAGAGACUGAGCAAAAUACUUCAUCGUAAUUUAGGAGUUUACAAGCAAAAUGGUCCGUUUAGCAAGGUGAAAGUGAACUCUUAACUCGAAAAGGUAUACGCUUAUUUUAUGGUAAUUCGUAAAGAGCCAUAGUCACUGAUAUAAUUUGAUAUAUUUUAACUUAUCUGAUUUUAAAAUCGGCUUUAUAGCAUAAGUAUGCAUAACUUUAAUGUAUGAAUGCUUUUAAUUUAGGAGUUAGUAAGACAAGAGGUUGGGUCUCAAAACAUACGAACAAUAUAUUUUAUUAAUGAGAUAUCGCAUCAUUUUAUCAUAAGCCAGAUGGGGUUCUGGAGGUGAUUAAGGCGACUGUUAUUUGGAGUGAGGCUUGCUCACUAAGGUUCUUGAUUUUCAAAAGGUACAAUAGCUACCAAGCAAUUUUUAUUCAGAACUCUCAUCAAAUAUUUUAAGUCAUGGAUCAUCCAAAUACCGCCGAUGGACGUUGUGAUAAUGUGGUUUUUAUCCUAAUUUGUGGUAAUAGUCUUGAAGCAAUUUCAUUAACCAAGUUUAUUUAAGUGACUGGCUCUUUGUAAAAUAGGAAUUGCAUUUAAACUUAAGUCUAAGUACGAAAAUAGUUUGGAGAUGUUGUCACUUUUUCAAUAAGAAAAUCAGUGAAACCACUGGAGGUCUUGAGCGCAGUUUGCUUAAGGGGAUGGUUCAAUACUUUAAGCUGUUAUUUCUAAGAGACCAAUCCUAAAUAAGAGUAGCGAAAUAUUAGUUCAAAUUUUUCAGUUAGAAGUCAAUAAGUAACUUCUAAAGUUUCUCCUUCCGCACAGAAGUUGCAGCUAGAUUUAAAAGAAAGGAAGAGGAGUCAAACUAUGCACAGUGUUAAAUAAUGAGAUUGCGGGAUCUGUUGAACUAAUUUGAACUUAUAAACAAUAAACUGGGAUUGGUAUUUUGUUUUUGGAUUUGUUUAAGUUAUCUUGAAUAUUGUCUAAACCUUUUUAGUAGGCAGGUGUUGCAUUAAUUGACUGUUGACAUCAAUCAAAUAGUUGAAGGAUUGUUCACGUUUAUUUUAGAAUGAAAGUGUAGAGGUAUUAUGUCAAAGGAAGUGCUUUGCAUUUGGGAUUGGCUUCUAAGUAUAUACGCGUGGAACAACUUAUUCAAUUGCAGUAAUUUAGAUAAUACUUUCUGGUACGGUUUUUAACCCAAA